AUGGACUCUCCAACUAAGCACUAUGCCGACCUCAAACCUUUCUCGGCACAUACUUCCUUGCCCACGCACAUCACUACGCCUGCACAACAGACUACCAGGGCUGAAGAAGCCCAACCCGCCAAGACUGCGAGGCGCUCCCGGAUGUCGGCGAAUCGGGGUAUCACCGUCCACAAGCUUGCGCUGGAGCUCCCACAGGCUUGCUCUCCCAGCAACUCUCUUUCGACCUUCAUCAAUGCUCUGGAGGACGCGUCUCCCGGCUGGUAUCAGUCGCUUAUGGACAGUGCUCUGCCUCAUUCUGGGUCUUAUUCUCCCUUGGCGUCUCCUCAGAGCUCUUCUAGUUUCUCGAAGUCUCUAACUGAGUCCGUCGGCUCUGGCACUUCGCUACCGAAGGAUGGACUUCCUUGUGACAUGCUGGGAGCUAUGCGAGAACUGGAAGAACUAGCAACUGCGGUGCGGCACCUACCUAUUCCGACGCUGCGGACGGUGGUGGUCGACUGGGUCGUGAGUCCACUCACGCCGGAUGUAUCAACUACGCCGGCCUCCGAGCGUAAGCACCUCACCUUGCCGCCUGUCACUUCAACAUCGAGUACUCUGAUCAGGCCCGGCGAGCGCAAAUCGGCUCCUGCCGUUCGGUCCAAGGAAGUUCUGAGAGAGACCCUUCCAUCUGACUACAGGGCCCCAUCCGCGUACGCACCCAGUCCCAACCAGCCGGCUAUAGACAACCUUGUCUAUCACCCCAAGCUGUCGAAGACGCUUGGAUUACGGUCACUCCCGUCUUGGGGCGCAUCGGGCACUGCGGCCCCGCAGACACCUACGCCACAAGGCGGUUUCGACGGCGGUUUGCACUCGCCACAAAGCUACUGGGAAGACUAUAGGUCUCCCUCCGGGAAAGACUUGCCGACCUCCGUGGAAAGACUGCCGGAAAACCACCUUCCAUCCAAGACUCCCAAGUCAUACAAGAUCGCAUCGUUCUUCCGUCGGCGCCCGACCGCUGCGGCCGUAGUCGAAGACUGGCCAGAGUACCGGCGAGAUCCUGCUCUACGGGCGACCCAUGUUCCAGAAUCAGUCCCGCGGGUUCUGCGGUCAGCUCCCGAUGGCCCGGCGAAUAAGGGUAGCAGCCGUUCCAGCCCCAUCCUGGAGCCUCCACCAUCUCUCGGACACCGCCAACUGGACUCGUUCUUGCAGAUGUGA